ACUCGGUCGGGUGGUCACCGCACCUAUCUUAUGUAGCAUAUCUAACUUCAUAUAGCAAAGUCGCUGUGAUGAAUUUUUCAUUUCUUUGUAGCCCAGUGCACAUGACGUCAAGCAUGAAGUAUAUUUUCCUGUGGAUUGUAAAAAUGUUCCUGUACAUUCAACACGUCGUGUGUUUGCUCACUAAACCAUGAAUUAAGCCAGCAAGCUCCCAUAAGCAUUUUGAUAGCUGUAUUAUCUACAGUCCACCUUAUUCAGUUCGCGCCUGUGCGAUAGAAAUAAGAUAUAACUUUGCACGGGCCUGCCUGCUCCUCAGACGAGGUCGCCCAAAGAUUAGGACCAAGGAUAUCCUGUUUCCCCUCUGCGAUAGUAUUGUGUGCACUGUUUUAAUUUUACGACCAACACCAAUCAAGUGCUAUCUAGGAUGGUGGAGGUCACAUUCAGAGUUAGGGCAGUCACAGACCCUGGACAGAUUGUGUGUGUUGUUGGGAACAACAAGACACUGGGUCAGUGGAAUCCACGCUGUGCUGUUAGUCUGAGCCAGGAAGCUAAUGACCUUUGGAGUUGCUGUAUAACCUUGGACUUAAAAGAGGACAUAUUGUAUAGGUACAUGGUAUGCCAUGGUAGGGAAUCGCAUCAAAAUAGCCACACCAUGCAAGUGAUCAGAUGGGAGGCCAACAUAAAACCAAGAAUUUUAUCUUCAAAAGAUUAUGCAGAAGAGACAAGAAAGUUUGCCUCAGGCACUGCUGUAUUUGGAGAAUAUGAAAAAACUGAUAAUAUUGUGAAUAAUGGAUGGUUGAUGAACCAUACAGAGAUCCACUUAGAACUGAGGGACAAUCCGAUACAGAUGCUGAGCUCUCGGCACCAACAGCAGACGUACCGAGUCAAGUGUACACCUCUAGACUACACACACAGCAACGAUAUAAAGAAUGGCCAUGAUGCUGAUGAUGAAGAGCCUGUUCAUGCUACAUCAUCACAGUCAGUAAUCUCUGUAGCAUCCCUGAAGGAUGGACAAUGUCGGCCAUAUGCCCAGCCAGAGUGUGGGGAGAUGUUUCUCAAGGAUGACUUUCUUAUAUUUACUACUCAGACUACAGAUCCAGAAAACUUAGGCUUUCAGCUUGAUUUUUAUGUACAUUAUGAAGACAAACCUGCCAAACACAUGGGCUAUUCCUAUAUCCUGCCAGUAGACACUAGCACCACCAAGUCAUCAAAAGUGAUUCCCAUUAGUAGCCUUAGUCAUAAACCCAUCGGAAAAAUCAAAGUGUCCUACUUCGUGGCCAAGCCAGUGCCAGAUCUGACAAUGUUGAUGGAUGUGUCGUACCAGAGUUACUGGGGAAAGGACGCCAAGAGUGUAGAUGUGGGACACCGUGGUCUGGGCAGCUCUUACAAACACAAAAAGCUUGCUGCUGUCCGAGAAAACACAAUUGCUUCCCUACAGUCUGCUGGUAGCCAUGGUGCUGACUACGUGGAGUUUGAUGUGAUGCUCAGUAAAGAUAUGGUACCUGUGAUAUUCCAUGACUUCCAUGUUUGCAUCACCUACCGAAAGAAAAAGAAGGAACAUCAGUUACUUAAACUGGGGGUCAAAGAUCUCAGCGUGUCCGAGUUGCAAUCAAUGAAGCUUGCUGACAAAACAGCCAUUGGUGAUGAGGAGCAUGAUAUUGACGGGGAAGAUCUGGACCACAUCCAUCACCAGCCUUUCCCCACACUACAGGAAUGUUAUCAACUUGUAGAUGAGAAAAUUGGCUUCAAUGUUGAAGUCAAGUUUCCUCAGCAGAAAAUGGAUGGAGAGUUGGAAGAUGAACAUUUCUGGGACAGGAACGAGUAUGUUGACAUUGUGCUGAGAAAUACCUUUGAAUGUGCUCGCGGUCGUAAAAUCAUCUUCUCCAGCUUUGACCCCGAGACCUGCCUCCUUCUUCGACUCAAACAGAACCGAUACCCAGUACUGUUCCUUACCAAUGGAGGUGCCAAGUGCUAUUUACCUUACAGUGAUGUCCGGGAACAGAGUAUGCCCAUGGCUAUACACUUCGCUCAGUUUGCUGAUAUUCUGGGCAUUGAUGUUUGUACGGAGGUACUAUGUACACGGCCAGAAAAUAUCCAAGAAACCAAGGCAGCAGGACUUGUUUUGUUCUGUUGGGGUGAAGAUUCCAACAACUCUGACACGAUCCGCCGGCUUCGUGACCAGGGUGUGGACGGCAUCAUAUACGACAGGUGGAUUGUACACAAGUUGACGUCCGAGAAUGUGUUUGAAUUGUCACUGGACAGUUCGCCAAUUUCUAUGCCCCCCAAGUAGCAGUGGACGCCUGACCAGGAUUGGACCUGCAUAGACCUGUAUCAUAUAUACUUCAAGGCAAGUAAAAAUGGACUGUAACAUACAUACUACUUGUACAAUCAAAGAACGACAUGCAGAAGCAGGGACAUACAAUGAUUCAUUGAAAGACAGGUGACCAUACCGGUGAAAAAUGGACAGGUGAAAAAGGUGUGACGUGGAUUUAAAAGCACCGAUUGACACUUCAAUCUUGGAAGUAAAUUAUUCCCAAUUUCACAAAUUUUGCUUGGUGUACAAACACUAGAUGUUAUAUGAGUUCAUAAGUGAUGAUUUGUAGGUGAGAAUGAAAUGCGAAAUGUAUACAACAGGUACAAUCUAAAAUGUAUAAUCUAAACUGUUGUGUUCUGAUUAAGGAUGACAUCAGACAUGGAGUGUUUUUAGUUUAUUGGUUUGAGGGAGAUGCUUUAUUUGUCUCAUUACAGCUACAGGUUUCUUACUUCGAAGAAUUUGUUUUCCCAAAAAAUGUCAAAUUCAACAAAAGCAAGAGUGAGUAGUGAAAGACCACUCCUAGCUAGUGAACCAAUAUUAGGCAAAACAGGUAUAACAGACCAAGUUCAGAUAAAGCAGACCAACUCCCUGUGAACCAAGUUCAGAUAAAACAGACCAAACCCCUGUGAACCAAGUUCAGAUAAAACGGAUAACCUCCCUGUGAACCAAGUUCAGAUAAAGCAGACCAACUCCCUGUGAACAAAGUUCAGAUAUAACAGACCAACUCCCUGUGAACCAAGUUCAGAUAAAACGGAUAACCUCCCUGUGAACCAAGUUCAGAUAAAGCAGACCAACUCCCUGUGAACCAAGUUCAGAUAAAACAGAUAAGCUCCCUGUGAACCAAGUUCAGAUAAAGCAGAUCAACUCCCUGUGAACCAAGUUCAGAUAAAACAGGCCAUUUUCAGAAUAACCAAGUUCAGAUUAAACAGUCCAAUCUAAGUCAACAAAGUUCAGAUAAAAUAUGCCACUCCCUGUGAACCAAGUUCAGAUAUAAGGGACCAACUUCAUGUGAACUAAUAUUAGAUAAAACAGACCAUUCCUAGUGAACCAAGUUCAGAUAUAACAGACAGCUCCCAGUGAACUAAUAUUAGAUAAAACAGGCCAACUCCUAGUGAACCAAGUUCAGAUAAAACAGGCCAACUCCUAGUGAACCAAGUUCAGAUAAAACAGGCCAACUCCCUGUGAACUAAGUUCAGAUAAAACAGACCAACUCCCUGUGAACUAAGUUCAGAUAAAACAGGCCAACUCCCUGUGAAUUAAGUUCAGAUAAAACAGUCCAACUCCCUGUGAAUUAAGUUCAGAUAAAACAGACCAACUCCCUUUGAACUAAGUUCAGAUAAAACAGACCAACUCCCUUUGAACUAAGUUAAGAUAAAACAGGCCAUUUUCAGAAUAACCAAGUUAAGAUUAAAAAGACCACUCUUAGUCAACAAAGCUCAGAUAAAACAGGCCAACUCCCUGUGAACCAAGUUCAUAUGAAACAGGCCAUUUUCUACUUAUCUAACCAGGUUCAGACAAAAUGGGUGAUUCUCAAAGUCUUGUAUUUAGAAGUGAAGGUAUAGCGGUUCUGUGUUUCAGGACCUAAUGCCUGUCUUCUAGAACUUCAGAGCUGAUACCUUAAUAUUAAUGGCGGGUUCCCCAAUAUUAUUUUCUGGAUCAAAAAGGUUGUCAAUAUAACAUUUGUCAAGUAACUUAAAGUAGAAGUUAUAAAAUAAGAAACUUUUAUCUCAGAUUUAUUUCCUAACUGCAAUUGAUAUACUCUGUUGACGCGCUCAAGGUACUGUUAACCGGCAAUGUGGCAUCAUAUUCCAGAAAAGUGUCAAUAUUUAUGUAGGUAGAGUUUCUUUGGUUUUUGUUUGAAUGGUUUUUGUUUGAAAACGGAGCAUAUAACCUCAUCUGGGUAGGCUUCAUGAGCUCCUCUGGUCUAUUGCCGAUCUCACUUUGGUUGUCUGUAUCUGUCUCACUUCUGUUGCUGUCCGUGUCAUUUUGUAGAUGUAUGGUGAAAUUUUCUACAUUAAUGAUUUCAUUUUGGUGUAGACCAUCACAUCUUGUGAACUCUUUCCAAUGGGAACCUUUAUAUUGAUUGUUUUACUCAGGAUUUCUUUUGUUUUGAGCAAAUGCAGUUUCAUCUUUCUGAAUGGUAGGAAACAAUUUGAUUAGGUACAUAUGUAAUCCUCUUGCAGAGGUAAAAUUCAUGGAUACUUCAUCUUACUACACUGUCAAAUUUGUCCAUUUAUGCAUGGUAUUUUUAAGUGAUUGGGCUGGGUUUUCCAGUAUGCUUUUUUGAAUAGUUUUACUGUUAUGUACCUGGUAAGCUAAUAGUAUUAUGGAUGAUUGGUUCCAGGAGAAUAUACUGUAAUCAAUACACCGGAAUACAAAUUUACGGGUAGGAACACCUGACAACGGUAUAGAACUACCUGAUAAGAAUGUUUCAUGCAAAGUUCAAUGCCACAGUCUUACUACCCCGGGUAAAUACUUUUGAAAGCUAACUGGAUCGUAAUGAUAACAUGACAUCUACUAAUGAAGCGAACAAAGCAAUUUAUUAGAUCUCAAAAAUGAGAUGAAAUUAUUAAUUUUGCUUUUCUGCAUUAACUAGAUAAAUCCAUAAUUACAUUAAAUUUUCAUUUAUAUAUGAAGCAAAAAAAGCUAAAUAAUAUAGGGAACCCAUCUUUAAACAGUUAAGCGUUCUGUGUAUAUUCCAGUAUGAUCGGAGAGUCCUGAUACUUUGUUUUUAUUCCAGUGUGAUCUAUAUUUGUUAGUGAUGUAUAGGCUAGCUUUUAUUCUAUGUGUUUAUGUGUGUAUCUUACAGUCUUAUUGUAUUCGAGUCUAUUUAAUUUGUGUUUAGUUUUGUGAUACAGUAUUGUUAUUUAUACAGAAAAUGAAUCUCCAUAGAAAUAUGUACUAUACCUACUGAUGGCAAAGUCAUACAAUAUACAUAUCUUUUUACACAUAUAUAUAUAUA